AUGUAUCGGGGCUCCUUCGCACCGCCGCCCGCGCAGUCGCCGCCUCUGCACCACCCCGUCCCGCAGCAUGUGUCGACCGUCCCGAUGAUGCGCUCACCACCUCCUCCCGCCUCUCAACAGACACCGAAUGCCGGGUAUGGCAGUGGAGGUAACCCGUACCAGUCGUCUCCCGCACAGGGAGGCAGCAGCACCUAUGCCCCCGGGUUUGGUGGGUUCAUGAACGAACCUACGGCGCAGAUGGGCUUCCAAGUUGGCAAGAGUGCUAUGGCCGCUGGACAGGAGUAUAUGGAGCAGAAUUUCAACCGCUACGUCUCGAUUCCUGCGCUGAAGCACUACUUCAACGUCUCCAACUCCUACGUCCUCAGGAAAAUCGCUCUCGUCCUCUUUCCGUGGCGACAUAAGCCCUGGUCCCGUCAACAGGCCCGAAUGGCCGCCAAUGCUACGGGGCCGAACGGUCAGAUCGUCCAGCAGCAAUACUCGUCCAUGUUUCUGCCCCCACGGGACGACCUCAACUCGCCUGACAUGUACAUCCCCGUCAUGGCUCUCGUCACAUACAUCCUACUAUCCGUAUUGCUGGCUGGGUUCCGAGGCAAUUUCCACCCAGAGCUUCUGGGUUCGAUCACUACAACAGCCAUUGCGGUGAUCAUCUUUGAGAUCCUGUGCUUGAAGAUGGCCAUGUACAUCCUGAGCAUUAACAAUGACUCGCAACUGCUGGACUUGGUGGCUUAUUCCGGCUACAAGUUCGUGGGCAUCAUCGUUACACUGGUUGCGUCUGAAAUACUUACUCCCGGACGAGGAACUGGAGGCUGGGUCGGUUGGACGGUCUUCGUGUACACCUUUUUGGCUAACGCAUUCUUCUUGCUUCGCUCGUUGAAGUACGUCUUGCUUCCUGACUCAACCGACUCGACGAUGCGCAACGGUGCGAUGCACACUGUGGCUCGCUCGCAGCGUAACCGCCGCACCCAGUUCUUGUUCGUCUACGCAUACCUGAUCCAGUUCGUCUUCAUGUGGGUGCUGAGUCGGGAGGGUCCAUCUACGCUGGCUGCGAACGCCAGCUCAUGA